UUAUACGAUGACUAAACUGAUAAGAGUAAUCUCUUAUCGAUUACAAAUUCCAUAUGAGAGUUUUGUUGGCCGUAAUAUUAUCUCUCAAUAGCAAUAAUCUAACAGUUGAGUGCAUAAAUGCGUUUUUACAAACCAUUUAAAUGGAACAACACUUUCUUUCAAGACACAAAUAUUUACUGAUAUGCCUCAUUCCAAACAUUAUGAUACUUUUCGGCUACUACGAAAAUUAUAUUAAGGACCAAAACGGCAUUAUACUUUUUAAGAACGUAGAAAGGGCCGAUACAGCGUACACAGAUCUAUCAAAAUAUUUAGUCGACACAAAAAACUGUAAAAUCCCUGAUAUUGACCCCCUGAACAGCGACGUUUGGCCCUAUUACAAAAAACAAGACUAUGUCAAUUGCAGAACUAAUGAUUUAUUAACGUACGUUGACAAAAUCGACGACAAAGUCUUCCUGAAGAUCGAUUAUACGCUAUUAGAUGUGUAUAGUCUUUACCCGAUCACUUGUUGCUACUCGAACGUGACUCGAGGAAACGGAAAUGAUUUAGACGAUGACAUAAGUUUUUCAGACUGCCGGGAGUUUCAAGAUUGUGUUGAAAUUUUCUGCGACUUGGUCAAAGUCACUUGCAAGACGGAAUACACCGAGAUUUACUCAAACGUCCACAGCAUCGUCCGAAAAAACCUAGAGACGCAAACGAAGCGGGACUCUUCGAGCGAUUUCAGUGUUUUACUCAUUGGUAUCGACACAAUGUCGCAAUUGAAUUUAAUCCGAACGAUGCCAAAGACGCAACGCCUUUUGGAAAAAAACGGUUGGGUUAACCUGAAAGGGUAUAACAAGAUCGACGACAACACUUUUCCGAAUUUGAUGGCGAUUUUAAGCGGAAUGAAUUUAUCUCAAGUGAUGAGGAUUUGUAAUCCUGAGAGCAAUUUUCUCGAUGGCUGUGAUCUGAUCUGGAAAAGAUUCAGACAAUUUGAUUAUGUCACUGCGUACGCAGAGGAUGAGACAAAGUUGAAUACUUUCAGUUAUUUAAUGAAAGGGUUUAAUAAUACUCCCACCAGUUUCUAUUUCCGGCCUUAUUUCCUUGCGGCUGAAACACUGACAGUCGUGACACAAUACCUGUCCUCGUAUUGUACCGGUCCUGAAACUUCAGGCGAACGCAUUUUGAGCCUUAUCAAGGAUUUCUGUACCGUCUUCGUCGACAAAUUAAAAUUCGGCUUGUUCUGGAUGAACACUUUCAGCCACAAUAACAUAAACACGGCCUCGGGGAUGGACGACGUGUUUGAGAAUUUUCUGACCGACUUUAUGGCAAGUCCGGCCGCUGAAACCACGAUUGUGGUGUUUUUCAGCGACCACGGUUUCAGGUUUGGGAAAAUCAGGUACACGUACAGCGGUUGGCUGGAAGAACGGCUUCCUUUCAACUACAUUUGGGUGCCGAGACCGUUUCAAAGCAAGUAUCCUGAAGCUUACAAAAAUCUAAAGGUUAAUGCGAAUAGACUGACCACCCCGUAUGACCUUUAUAUGACCCUUCAGGAUAUUUUGCACCGCUCCAAUAAUAGUUAUGUGAUACAGCCAAGUCUUGCAUGUCCAAAUUGCCGCUCUUUGUUCCAAAGGAUCAACGAGGAACGGUCGUGUGACGAUGCUUCAAUUUCGCAACACUUGUGCACGUGCAUGGGCCAUUCCCCGAUUGAUCCGAAUUCGAAAAUUGUGAAAAAAGCGACUUUCUUUGCUUUAGAUAAGUUAAAAAGUACGAUAAACUCGUUUCAUGACGGGCCAAGUAUGUGUGCUUCCUACGACUUGAAACAUAUUAUCUCGUCGGGAAUAACCGAUACUUUUUACAACAAAAAGCACGAAUCUGUCAAUUAUUUACUUAUAGUGUUUGAGACUUUUCCGAAGGCCGUGUUUGAAGCGACUGUCAGUGUUUCUUAUCAAAAUUUCAUCCCGCUAUUUACUUUGCAAGGGAUUAUCAGUCGUGUCGAUAGAUACGGAAAUACCAGUGCCUGUGUCAAAGACCCGAUUUUGCGGAAGUAUUGCCACUGUAAUGGUUUCUACACCACCAUGAAAAAGACUGUAGAUAUACUGUUUAAUAAUUAAAACUAUUUUUUCUU